AUGUGCGGCAAAAUGAUCGUACAGAUCAUUACGAGUUUAUGCAUUGCGGCGAUCGCUAAUGCCGCUUACAUUAGCUUCAUUAAUAUGCCGGCGUACAGAAUGGAGAAGCGAGGUGGUGCGUUGACCUCAAAAGUCUCUCACCCGUUGAAGCCUGGGCAAAUGCUCUUGGUUUAUGGACGGAUGAAUCACGAUACGACAAGAAUGGGUGUGAAUCUUAUGCGUGGUGCAGAACUCUUAGAAGAACCAGGAGCCGAAGCAGUGUUUCAUUUGGAUGUUCGAUUUUCUGAGGCCCGAAUCAUCAUGAAUACGCUGACUCAAUCAUGGGGCCGAGAAGAAAGAGUACGGAAUCCAUUCAAGAAGGGCAUGGACUUCCAUCUUAUAAUUCGUGCAAAUGGGGACAUAUUCGAGAUAUGGGCGAACCACCGAAGGAUUUACAAAUUCCGGAUGCGUCUUCCACUCAGUUCAGUCGAAUACGUGACUGUGACUGGUGACGCCACGGUGAAGGGAGUGUCCUGGUCUGGUCCUGAGCCGAUAGCUCUUCCGCUUAUAACUGAGGUCGGAGGUGGUCAUUUUUUGAGUGGAGGACGCUUUACCGUUUACGGUAAACCCAAUGGGGGGAAUUUCGAGAUUGUGUUAAAUGCGAAAGUUGGUGGAACAUGGGGAGCAUGGGGACCAGAGGAGCUUGGAGAGGGGUUCCCAUUCAAGAAGGACGUUAUCUUCGAUCUUACAUUCCUUAAUGCACCUGAAUCUAUCCAGGUUUAUUCGUUUUUGUUCCUCUACUUAAGCAAAACGAAUUCUAAAAUGAACGACAACCGUUCCAUACGAAUGUUAUAA